AUGUCUCAUCCAGUUAUUAUGGUCAUGGAGGAGGCAAUUAACAAUUUUGUUGCUUGGUCUAACGAUAUAUUCUCUUACAACGUGGAGCAAUUUCGCCACGACACACAUAUGAUUAUCGUCGUGCUCAUGCACAGACGAAGCCUGGAUUUGCGAGGCGCUGUUGACUACGCUGGCCUGAUGUGCAAGGGUGUCAUCCAGCGCUUUGUAUCGUGGGUAGAAGAACUUGACAGGUAG